GUGGAGCAAAGUCCCGGGCAGCCACCCACACGCCGGCGGAGAGGACCGCGGAAGGGGAGGAAGCGCCGGGCCUGCUGGGCCUCGUCUCUCUCCGCCACCGCUGUCGUCGAGGCUCCCUGCCGGGCCGAGGAUGCGUCGCUGCUGACCUGCCCGGACGGCGCCCUGCAGGCGGACCGAGGCGGAGAAAGGAGCUAGCGCGCUGCCCCGACGGCAAGUAGAGAGAGCGAGAGCGCACCGAGAAGCGCGCCGGAGAGGGAGCGCGCGGAGAGGCGAGGUGGGCUGGCAGCGGGGCGCGGCGCGGCGAGAUCCCCACCACCCCCAUCCGGCCGCGGCUAUGAUGGUUCACUGUGCCGGCUGCGAGCGGCCGAUUUUGGACAGGUUCUUGCUCAACGUCCUGGACCGGGCCUGGCACAUCAAGUGCGUCCAGUGUUGCGAUUGCAAAUGCAACCUGACCGAGAAAUGUUUCUCCCGGGAAGGCAAGCUCUACUGUAAGAACGACUUUUUCAGGAGGUUUGGGACCAAGUGCGCCGGGUGCGCGCAAGGCAUCUCCCCGUCGGACCUGGUGCGCAAAGCCCGGAGCAAAGUCUUUCACCUGAACUGUUUCACUUGCAUGGUGUGUAACAAGCAGCUCUCGACGGGCGAGGAGCUUUACAUCAUCGACGAGAACAAAUUCGUCUGCAAGGACGAUUACUUGAGCUCGGCCAGCUUGAAAGAAGGCAGUCUCAACUCAGUGUCCUCUUGUACCGACCGAAGUCUGUCUCCAGACAUCCAGGACCCGAUGCAGGACGACACAAAGGAGACCGACAACUCCACCUCCUCCGACAAAGAGACCACCAACAACGAGAAUGAGGAGCAGAACUCGGGGACCAAGCGGAGGGGACCCCGGACCACCAUCAAGGCUAAGCAGCUGGAGACCCUCAAAGCAGCUUUUGCUGCCACCCCGAAGCCCACCAGGCAUAUCCGGGAGCAGCUGGCCCAAGAAACGGGACUCAACAUGAGAGUCAUCCAGGUUUGGUUCCAGAACCGACGGUCCAAGGAGCGAAGGAUGAAACAACUGAGCGCGCUGGGUGCCCGGAGACACGCUUUCUUCAGAAGUCCUCGACGCAUGCGCCCUCUGGGAGGCCGCUUGGAUGAAUCCGAAAUGCUAGGCUCCACCCCUUAUACUUAUUACGGAGAUUACCAAGGCGACUAUUACGGCCCUGGGGGCAACUACGACUUCUUCCCGCACGGCCCCCCCUCGCAGGCGCAGUCCCCCGCCGAUUCCAGCUACAUCCCGACCUCGGGGGCCGGAUCCACGCCGCUCGGACCCCUGGAACCCCCUCUCCCCGGGCACCACGCUUCCGAGAACCAAAGGUAUACGGAUAUGAUCUCUCACCCCGACACGCCCAGCCCGGAGCCCGGGCUGCCAGGCUCGUUGCACCCCAUCCCGGGCGAGGUCUUCAGCGGGGGUCCCAGCCCCCCUUUCUCCAUGUCCAGCUACAGCGGGCCCCUCUCGCACCCCAAUCAGGAGCUGAACGAGACGGCCGUGUGGUAGAGCCACCCCCUGGCGGAGGGCGCGCGCCUGACCUCACCGGACCGAAAGAAGAGUAGCCCCUUUUUUUUGUCCAGCUCCGUCCGCUCCGUCGGGGCGAAAACUCCGUUUACCAAAAGCGCCACCACCGUGAUGCCAAAUCGCGCCUCGCCAGACCUCCUCUUCCCCCCCACGCCCCUCGGGGGCCGCUCAAGGACCCCGCGCGGCCCGCUGUCUGGCCCCGGGUGGGCUCACAGUGGGGACGUUGGACAUGGCUGGCGGGCCCCCCCAACCAACAAACCAACCCACCCACCCACCCCGGUUGCAGCGCCCAGAAGUGGUUCGCCGUCUUUGUUCGAGGAACCUCUGGCAGCGAAUCUCUGGAACUCGCCCAUUCGUUGGACCAAAGCUGGACUCGCCUGUUUCACAGACUGGAGGAUGUGAGAAAGAGGUUGGGGAGCAAAACGACCCACACCUGUCCCCGCCCCGUCCAGGAUUGCGUCUUGGGUUGUUGUUGUUUUUUUGGGUUGUUUUGGGUUUCUGUUUUUCCUAAAUCCGAAAAAAAAGAGAGAGAACCAGUUUAUUUUAAUUAAAAGGUUUAUUUUGUGCGUGUUCGAUGGUGGCAGGAGAAGGGACUUUGGGAAAAGAUCUCCGGAAAGGAGGAAUGUUUCAUUGGUGACACGUCGCCCCCUCGUGGUAAGUGCUGGAACGACUUGCAGGACUUAUUUAAAUAUGUUGAGAGGGAUUUGGGGAGGGUGUUCUUUUUUUUGUUUUCUUAAUUAUUAUUAUUAUUAUUAAUAUUAUUAUAUUAUAAUUAUAAUUAUUUUGGCGGAAAUAUAACCACAACUACCAAUAAAAGUUUUUUAAAAACCCAAUUUUGGAAUGCCGCUAGCAAACGCCAAUCCAGUCUAAACCUUUCUCGGAGGCAACACACCUGUUUAAGAAUGUAUUAUAGUUUUUUGCUCCUAGUUUCUUUAUUUUGUAUAAAGAAGAAACAAAUAAAGUAUGUUUUUGUGUUUAUUGGUUA